AUGGAGGCGGCGGUGGCGGUGUUGGAGGCGGCCGCGGAGAAGAAUGCUGUAGCGGCGGCGGCUGCGAGGGAGGCUGCGGUGGCGGCCUCGGAUGCUGCGACUGGGGCUGCAGGGGUGGCCACGUCUGCCAAGGAGGCUGCGGCGGCGGCCUUGGCUACUGCAAACCAGGCGGCGGCGGCAUUGUCCACAGCGCAAGAGGUCGCGUUGGCGGCGGAGGCUGCUGCGACUAAGGCUGCAGGGGUGGCCACGGCUGCGAAGAAGGCUGCGGCGGCGGCCUUGGCUACUGCAGAUCAGGCGGCAGCGGUAUCGUCGACAGCGAGAGAGGUCGCGAUGGCGGCGGACGCUGCCGCGAAGGAGAAGGAAGCAGCUGCAGCGGAGACCGCGAAGGUGCUGGCGGCUGCGAUGCGCUAUUCUAAGAAGCGCAGAUUCCAUCAGAUCGACGACGGAGGAAUGGGCGGCGACAGCCACGAUGAUGGGGGAAGCCUGGAUCUCAUCAGCGCUCUCCCCGACCAGGUCCUCGGCACCAUCAUCUCCCUCCUCCCCACCAAGGACGGCGCCCGCACGCAGGCCAUCUCUCGCCGGUGGCUUCCCCUCUGGCGCUCCGCGCCACUUAAUCUCGUGGUUAAAUUUGAAGUGGACAUCAAGAAAGGCAAGCUCAUCGCAUCAGCCUCUAACAUCAAGCUCAUCGCCUCAGUCUCGAAGAUCCUCUCUGUGCACCGUGGCCCUGCCCGCCGCUUAUUGCUCUGGCUGCUCAACCCUACCGACUUCCCCGCCCCUGGCGGGGGGUGCAAUAUCGAUGGCUGGCUUCGCUCUCAAGCCCUCGACGACCUACAGGAGCUCAAUUUUGAAUACACGACUCAGUGUGACGUGCCGCUGUCCGUGUUUCGUUUUGCUCCCACGCUCGUCGUCGCCGUGUUCGGCUUUUGCCGUUUCCCUGAAUCUAUUUCAACACUGCAGCUGAAUUUCCCGUGCCUCAAGCAGCUUGAGCUGUUCUGUGUCAGGAUUACUGAGGAUGGUCUCCACAGCAUGCUCUCUGGCUGCAUUGCCUUGGAAAGCCUUGACUUGAGGCAUGUAGGCAUAGCUAGCCUCUGCAUCAGCUCCCAAACUCUUAGGAGCUUGUGCUUCUCCGCUCACUCUAAAAAAGGUGUUACUUCACAGCUAGUCAUCAAGGAUGCCCCGUCUCUUCAAAGAUUGCUACUGCUGCCACCUAGUCUAGACACUGGUCCAGUGAUCAUCCGGAUGAUCCGGACACCUAAACUGGAGAUAUUGUGUUUGCGAUCUCAAGGCAUCUCAAAACUUCAGUUUGGAACAACAAUUUUUCAGACAAUGAUUGCUGUAAGCUUAACAACCAAAAUUCACACCAUGAAGGUUUUGGUUCUUGAUUCUAUUGGCCCUAAUCUGGAUGCAGUUGUUGACUUCCUCAAGUGUUUCCCCUGCUUGGUGAGCCUGUAUAUCAUUUCAGACCCAACAAAGGAUAUGAAUAAUGCGAGGGAGUAUGACCCGUUGGAUCCAAUUGAGUGCCUUGAGCUCCAUCUAAAGAAAGUGGUGUUGAUGAAUUAUGAUGGCAGCAAGAAGCCAUCUGUUGACUUUGCCAAGUUCUUUGUUCUGAAUGCUAAAUUGCUAAAAGAAAUGGAAAUCCAAGUCAUUAACAACGGAAACGACGACUGGAUGACUAAUCAACAGAAGCAGCUAUGUGUGGAAAAUAGGGCUUCUCGAGACGCCCGGAUUGAACUGAAAAUCGACACUAGGAAAUCACACAUACGCAUGGAUACCCAUGAUUUGUCAAUGGCAGAUCCCUUUGACAGCAGGCCCUUUCAUUGAUACUACAAAUGUAGUUGAUGCCCAUUCCCAAGAUUGUGUUGCUCUGUCGAAAGUAGAAUAUUUUGUAUGUAUGUCUUGGUCUGUAACCUAAUGCUGUCCACCCUUCAAUUGCUUAGGAUUGAGGAGGGAGUGUAACUAGUGUGUAAGCUCAAGCUUCAAAUCCAAACCUGGGAAGUUCAAGCUGCUAAUAGAAUGCUAGUUUAAGCUGCUAAGUUUAGCUGGUAUUGGUUGCUACGUUGCUGUUUGGUGUUGUAUUGAUGGUACACCAGCAGCUACUAUAUCUCUGUUUUGAACACUCGCUUUAAUGAAAAAGAAUGGCGUUUGUGUCUUUUGUCUAAAA